AUGGGUUUCCCAAGGAUUUUAGUACCGCUUAUUUUGAUUGCAUCGUUUUUGGUGGUAUUCUCGCAGUCAACAGAAAUAACCAUUAAGGAUUAUAGAGUAAAAAGAGACGCGCCAGUCUUCAAAAAAAUUAAAGUGAUUAAAAUUAUAAAGAAAAGUAAAAAGCCCGUCUACGGUCCACCUAAGCCAAAAUACGGACCCCCAAAGCCUUCGUAUGGUCCACCAAAACCUGUUUAUGGUCCUCCAAAACCAGUAUAUGGUCCUCCGAAGCCGGUUUAUGGACCACCACCAUCAUCGUCUUAUGGUCCUCCAUUGACAUCAUACGGUCCUCCUUCUCCAUCGUACGGACCACCUGCUUCUACUUACGACUCCCCGUCAUCAACUUAUGGAGCACCACCACCAGAGCCCAGUUAUGGAGCUCCUGAACCUUCAUCCGGCUAUGGGGCUCCAGAACCUUUGUCGGAUUAUGGAGCACCAGAAACAUCAUCUGAUUAUGGCGCACCUGUACCAAUAAUAACGUACGAAACACCAGCUCCUUCAGCUGGUUAUGGAGCUCCUGCACCGUCGGCUAGUUAUGGAGCUCCUGCGCCCUCUCCUAGUUAUGGAGCUCCUGCCCCUUCUCCUAGUUAUGGAGCUCCUGCACCGUCUCCUAGUUAUGGAGCUCCUGCACCGUCUCCUAGUUAUGGAGCUCCUGCGCCCUCUCCUAGUUAUGGAGCUCCUGCACCGUCNUUAGUACAGAAACACAAAAAUGUUAUCUUUCCAAGAUAA